UAGUCUCACCACCCACAACAUUUAGGCAUUAGUUCAUAGCAUAAGUCUUUACAUGCAAAAUAGUUGAACACGUUGUCAUAACAUGUCAAGCAUAUUUCUAUACAUUUCCAUGAGACUUUUUUUCUAAGUCUGUCCUGAAUUGGUAAAUUGCUCCCAGGUGAAUCUUGACUUUCUCAAACGAAUCAAUCAACUGGCAAGUAUAUACGUAUAUUGCCGGAGCACAACACAGUGUUACAAUUUCUGAAAAUGGACGGACAAGGAAUUGGACGGGGUCAACAGCCAGCGAGAAGAAGAAGAGGAGUGAGGCUGCGUGGCGGAGGACUUGGGAGGCAAAAUAGAGGAAGAGGCAGAAGAGGCCGAGGACAUAUGCGUGUUCCUGAUGAAAUAAGAGCCACACUUGUAGACCAUGUUGUCAAUCAUGGGCUUACAAUGGCCGAGGCUGGUCGAAGGGUGCAGCCAAAUGUUGGGAGGACAACUGUAUCCUCAAUCAUUCAGACUUUUCGUCAACAGAACCGGUAUGUAAUCUAACAAUAGGCACUGUACUGUAAUACUGUAUACUUUCUGUAAUGCUUCAUACAAUAUUACAGUAUUCCACUUGCAUUUUACAAUAUUCAUUUAGUAUACUUUAUGUAAACAGUGACAUUUUAUCUUACUCAAUUUUGUGUUUUGCAUUACUAUAUGUCUUCCACAUAGGACUGCAAGACAGCUUCACAGGGGUGGCAGAGGGCCCCUUUUCACACCCGAACAGGAGGAGGCUAUUUGCACCAUGGUCGUAGAAAACAAUGCCAUAAGACUAAGGGAGAUACAGAGUGCCAUUAUAGAAGACAACAACAUCUUUGAUAACAUCCAAACAGUCAGCAUCUCAACCAUUGACAGGGUGCUGAAAAGACACCAAAUGAAUAUGAAGCAGCUGUACACCGUUCCAUUUGAAAGAAAUGACGAAAGAGUGAAGGACCUGCGCUACCAGUAUGUACAGCGUAUAAUGGAACUGGAAGCAAGUGAACCACCGCACAGCUUCAUCUACAUGGAUGAGGCUGGCUUCAACCUAACUAAACGCAGAAGGCGUGGUCGAAAUAUCAUCGGCCACAGAGCUACAGCUGAUGUGCCAGGCCAACGGGGCGGGAACAUAACCAUGGCUGCUGCUAUCUCUGAGAAUGGUGUGCUAACGCAUAUUCCCAUUAUUGGGCCAUACAACACAGAGCAUCUUGUCACCUUUUUAGACACACUCUACAGGGAUCUCAUCCCUGAAGAAGAGAGGGGCCAGACUGGAGAUGACCUGCCAAAGUAUGUGAUUGUUUGGGACAAUGUCAGUUUCCAUCGCUCCAACAUCAUCAGGCAAUGGUUUGCGGCCCACAACAGGAUGCUGAUGGAGUUCCUCUCACCCUACUCCCCAUUCCUUAAUCCCAUUGAGGAAUUUUUCUCAGCAUGGAGAUGGAAAGUAUAUGAUCGCCAGCCACAUACACAGAUGACCCUUCUGGCUGCCAUGGAUGCAGCGUGUGAUGACAUCACAGCAGAUGCCUGCAGAGGCUGGAUAAGACACUCCAAAAGAUUCUUUCCACGCUGCAUCGCAAGAGAAAACAUUCGUUGUGAUGUGGAUGAGAAUUUGUGGCCCAACAGACAGGAACGUCAGGAGGUGUAGGACGAUUGCACUGUAAUUACGGCACUGCAUGUACAGUUUUCCCUAAGGAGAUUGUCCUAUGUUUACAUUUCUACUUUUGUUUUUGUUUUUUCUUUGUGCUAUGCAGUGCUGUCUUUUCUUUUCUUUAUCAGGAAAAAAAUAAAAGCGUAAAUGUGAAUCUUGUCCAGUCUCUUUCAAACUCCACAUACACUAAGGUGUAACCUACAAUUUACAAUAAUUGUCAUCAAAACUUAUAGCCAUAGUUUACAUCAGAACAUCCCUCCAGAGUACACUGUUAUAUUGACAACAUGACUAAGCAAUUUGACUGUCUUAUCCGUACACAAUGACACAAGGACUUGUCAUUCUGAUGCACUGACAUGUUCAUUGACACGGAUAUUUAGUUUUGAGAGAUGAACUAAUGAUUUUGAGCAAGAGAGUGGCUUUUGCAGGUCAUCCAUGGUGUUUUGCUAUUUGUACAAAUUGUUUUGAGAAAUGCACUUACUGUUUUGCAAAUG